UUUUCCCAUCCAUUGCAGCGAUCCAACGAUAGAGCACCGGGUUGUUCUCAUGAUUAUCAUCCGGCGCCGUAAUUUGAGUGACAUUUGAUCGGCCUGAUCUAUAAUGCAAUGCAAUAUCCAAUAGUGGUUACAAUGAAAUCGAUACACCUCCCCAGCGACGGAGCAAAGUCGCCCAAGAUGCCGACGAAGAAGAGGCCGUGGGAGUGCUGCAACGACGUCGAGGAGGCGUCGUCGCCGUCGGGCCUGCUCAUCUGCAGCGACGUCUACUGGGGAGCCGACCCGGGCCCCUUCUGCACCCCGAGGCCGUGGGAAGAUUGCUGCGACAACGCCAUCUGCAACAGGUCUCUCCCACCGAUCUGCCAGUGCGGCGACGAGGUGGAUCGUGCGCCGCCGCGUGCAAGGAUUGCCAGCCGGUGGAGUCGUCGUCGUCGUCGUCGUCGGAGCCUCCUCGAUACAUCGGCGCUGUCGCUAGAUUUGCUUGGCCAGGUGCUCGACCGGGUGAGGGAGCCGCGCGACCGGAAGGCGUGCAGGCUCGUGAGCCGCGCCUUCGCCCGCGCCGAGGCCGCGCACCGCCGCGUGCUGCGGGUGCUCUGCCGUGGCUCCGUGUCGUCGCGGCGGGUGGAGCUGUAUGGUUGGAUGACAAGGGACCUCGACGAGCACGGUGCGACGUUUUUGGAGGGCAGCGAGACGUCGCAGUCACGCUGUAGGAGCUCUUCGAUAGCAGGGGCGCACCGUCGUGCCAAGGCUCAAGGUGUUCCUCUUUCUUGUUUCUGCAAAAAGCUACUAUAG